UGGCUGAUAUUAAAAUGCAGCCAAGCUAAUGUUAAGACUCAGCAGAUAAAUUAUGGCAAGCAAAUAUUAUUCUAUUUUUAGUAUAUUACUUUUAUAGUAACCAUUCAAGGUAAUCGAGGAAACUUGUUUUGGAUAAACAAAAUAAGAACUGUAUAUUAAUAAUUCUAAAGCCCAAUAUAUCACUAUAUCAUAAACACGAUGCUACCAAGAAAAUGGAACACUAUGAUUAUUUUAAUACAUGUUAAUUAUCUAAUAACUCUAUUUAAGACCCUAGAUUAAAUCUUGUACAAAUUACAAGUCGAAAACCACUCUAUCGGGUGUGCAGCACCUCCAGGAAAUAAUUAAUAGGUCUCAGUGUCUUCUUGUUAGUGGGCGGAGGUGAGGGAAUUAAAACUCAGUGAAUCUCUCCAUCGGCGCAGUCAAUGCUGUGAAUUUCUAAAGUAAAAGCAGCGGUCAUUAGCAGUCAUGGUCUCUUGGUCACAAUCUGAACGGAAUGAUAUUGAAGAUCUCUGGAGCAAAAUCAAUGUCGAAGAGAUCGGGCCUCAGGCCCUGGCAAGAGUGCUGAUAGUCUACCCCUGGACUCAGCGCUAUUUCGGCAAAUUUGGAAAUCUGAACAGUGUCGCUGCCAUCCUGGGAAACCCUUCAGUCGCUGCUCAUGGGAUAGUAGUGUUGAAGUCUCUGGACCUGGCAGUGAAGGACCUGGACAACAUCAAGGCGACCUACACGAAACUGAGCGAGCUCCACUGUGAGAUUCUCAAUGUAGACCCCGAUAAUUUCCGGCUUUUGGCCGAUUGCCUCACCAUCGUGGUCGCGACCAAAUUCGGAGCCGCCUUCAGCCCUGAGAUUCAGGCAACAUGGCAGAAAUUUCUGGCCGUCGUCGUCGCCGCUCUGAGCAGCCGCUACUUCUAAACUCUCCUAUUCUGAUCUGCUUUCUAUUUGUUGACAUAAACUGCACAUAAACAAACAAAAGAAGAAUUAAUGAGUCAGUUUUCAAUUCUGAAUAUAGUUACCCUUUUAUCACAAGGUAUACCAAGAAUAUGAAAUGUAGGAUUCAUUGUAAUUUUUCAUUGCUUCACUUGAUGUUAUUAAAAGUGCUUGUUAAAA